GACCCCGCUCGCCUCGCUAAGGCGAUAUCGGCAAAUGGGAGGGGUUGACAAAUGGUGGAUAAAAGCCCCCCUCGCUGCCCGCCACUUCUCGACUUCCACAGACGUCCCCGAGCACCAUCGCACCAUCGCACAACGCCCGGCAGACUGCGCAACAGAUGUUGUGCAAUCUCCGGGGCGCCCUUGCUGCGCGCCUGCUGCUGCUGCUGGCCCUCCUCCUGGCCGCGCUAUGCCCCGCCGCUGCGAAGCGUAAAAACCUCAUCAUCGACACGGACAUCUUCAGCGACUGCGAUGACGCUGGCGCGCUCCUCCUAGCCGCAACGUCGCCCAACGUGACGCUGCUCGGCCUCAACGUCAACGUGCGCUCCUCCUACUCGGCCCUCGCCGCCUCGGCCAUCCUCGCCCACUACGGCCAGGGCCACGUCCCCAUCGGCGCCCGCCGGCCCCUGAAUGGCGACACCUUUGUCGACAAGUUCUUCUGGUCCCUCGGCGAGUUCACCAGCAAGGUCGCCUACCACUGGCGCAGCGACGCCGCCCUGCUCCCCUGGGACGGCGCCGCCGAGCAGUCCGAGGACCCAGUGGCGCUGUACCGCCGCCUGCUCGCCGCCGCCGACGACGGCAGCGUGACGGUGGCCUCGGUCGGCUUCCUCGCCAACCUGUCGGCCCUGCUCAACUCGACGGCCGCCGACGGUCACUCGCCCCUCGCCGGGCCCGAGCUCGUCGCCGCAAAGGUGGCCGAGCUCGUCGUCAUGGGUGGCCAGUACCCGUCCGGCCGCGAGUUCAACUUUUUUGGUGACGACCCCUCCCACACCGCCCACGUAGUGCGCGCGUGGCCGGGUCGCAUCGUCUACUCGGGCGCCGAGCUCGGCGGCGCCGUCUUCUCGGGCGGGCCGCUGAUGGAGCGCGGCCCGGCCUCGGACCCCGUCGGCGCCGCCUACCGCUACUACACGUACGGCAAGCCGAGGCAGUCGUGGGACCCCCUGACGGUCCUUUAUGCGACUGGCGGGCUGGGCGACACGUUCGAGUACGGGGCCGAGAGCGGCUUCAACCGCGUCAACGCCACUGACGGCUCCAACGAGUGGGUCGCGGACGCUUCCGUCACAACGCAGCGCUGGCUCAAGCUCAAAGUCAGCAACGUCACUGCUGCUGCCACGCUGGACCGCUUGUAUCUGGACGCCGCCGAGCGCUGGGCAACGCCCGCGUCGCCUUCUGUGACCAGCCGUCGACGUGCUCUGCUGCCUUCUGGUGAGAAGGGAGAGCUGUGAGACUGAAACCAAGGCUGGAAGGUCAGUCCUCUUGGCAAGCCACCAACGCUUGGUCAAGGGCAGGAGAUCCCCCUACCUCCUACUCCACUUUUUUCUUUGUUUUUAUGAUGGAUGAUGGAAUGAUGCCACCAAGGGGAAAAGAUUCCCCUCCGUACAACCCUCUCUUUUGUUUGAUGAAUAAUGUUGUCAAGGGAAGCUAUCCCUGCUACAAACUCUUCUUUGUUGGAUAUAGAUCUGUUUAGCAAUUCACUAGUCUGAUGAA